AUCCCCCUCCGCGCCAUGGAGCCCGAGCUGGCAGCCCAGAAGCAGCGCCAACCGCGGAGACGGAGUCGCCGGGCUUCCGAGCUGUGCGCGGGCAGCGCCGCGGGUCCCUCGCCGGACACCCCCAGGCCGGAGCCUGACCGCAGAUAUUCCCUUAGGAGAGGUAGCUCCUUCACAUUUUUAACACCUGGACCCCACUGGGACUUCACUUUGAAAAGAAAACGAAGAGCAAAAGAUGAUGAUGUUGUAAGCCUUAGCAGCCUUGAUCUGAAGGAGCCAAGCAAUAAAAGAGUUCGACCUCUAGCUCGGGUCACAUCCUUGGCAAAUUUAAUCUCUCCUGUAAGAAAUGGAGCAGUCAGACGUUUUGGUCAAACAAUACAGUCAUUUACCCUUCGUGGUGACAACAGAUCUCCAGCUUCUGCCCAGAAGUCGUCGAGCAGAUCAACAGUCCCAACACCUGCCAAAAGGAGAAGUAGCGUACUGUGGUCAGAGAUGCUAGAUGUCAGUAUGAAGGAGUCUUUAACUACCAAAGAAAUCAAACGUCAGGAGGCAAUAUAUGAAAUGUCUCGAGGUGAACAGGAUUUAAUUGAGGAUCUCAAGCUUGCAAGAAAGGCCUACCAUGACCCCAUGUUAAAGUUGUCUAUUAUGUCAGAAGAGGAACUAACACAAAUAUUUGGCGAUUUGGAUGCUUAUAUACCUCUGCAUGAAGAUUUGUUGGCAAGAUUAGGAGAAGCAACCAAGCCUGAUGGAACAGUGGAGCAGAUUGGUCACAUACUUGUUAACUGGUUGCCAGGUUUGAAUGCCUACAAAGGCUAUUGUAGUAACCAGCUGGCAGCCAAAGCUCUUCUUGAUCAAAAGAAACAAGAUCCAAGAGUCCAAGACUUUCUCCAACGAUGUCUUGAGUCUCCCUUCAGUCGAAAACUAGAUCUUUGGAGCUUCCUAGAUAUUCCUCGAAGUCGCCUUGUCAAAUACCCCUUACUGUUAAAAGAAAUUCUUAGACACACUCCAAAAGACCACCCUGAUGUUCAGCUUCUGGAAGAAGCUGUAUUGAUAAUACAAAGCGUUCUCUCUGACAUCAACUUGAAGAAAGGUGAAUCAGAAUGCCAAUAUUACAUUGACAAACUGGAGUAUCUGGAUGAAAAGCAGAAGGAUCCUAGAAUUGAGGCAAGCAAAGUAUUGCUUUGCCACGGGGAACUGAAGAACAAAAAUGGACACAAACUUUAUAUUUUCCUGUUUCAAGACAUCUUGGUUUUGACCCGGCCUGUUACACGAAAUGAGCGUCACUCUUACCAGGUUUACCGGCAGCCUAUCCCCGUGCAAGAGCUGGUCUUGGAAGACCUGCAGGAUGGAGAUGUGAAAAUGGGAGGGUCCUUUCGCGGGGCUUUCAGCAACUCAGAUAAAGCUAAAAAUAUUUUUAGAGUUCGCUUCCAAGAUCCCUCUCCGGGCCAGUCACACACUCUACAAGCAAACGAUGUGUUCCACAAACAGCAGUGGUGCAAUUGUAUUCGCACCGCUAUUGCUCCUUUCCAGCAGGUCCCUAGUUCAGCCGAGCUGCAGGGUUUGCCAGAGCUCCAUGAGGAGUACGAAGAGAACAACCCCUCUGCCGGGAAUGUCGGGGCCCAGAGAAGGGCAUCUACGGUGUCAAGUGUGACUCAGGUCGAAGUUGAUGGAGACACUUCAGAAUGUGGUUCCCCAGUGCACACAGCAGACAACGUUAAGAGUGUCAAAGCGUACCGAACACAGUCUGGCUUCCGAAAAGCAAGGGACAAAGCCCAGUUCAGUAGCAAACGGAAAGAGACUUUGGUAUAAAGUAUGUUAACUGGUGAAGAAACUGUUUAUUUAUAAAUGUGUACAGUUUGUUUUUUUUCUUGUAAUGUGAGCAUGGGAGCAUUGCAGGGUUACUUAAUACCAGUCUUAACAUUUUCUAUGUUUUUGGUUGGUUUUGGUUGUUGUUCCCUUUUUUUUUAAGGCAGCUAAAGAUAUAUAUAUAUAUACAGAUUAUUGUUCAACUGCAAUCCUUUUUUUUUUUUUAUUUCAGAUAUUUUCUCGGAUUAUUUAGAAUGUUCAAGCCUGGUAUUUUUAAUCAAAUGAAAUGUUUAUGAAAUGGGUUUUCUCUUUAUUCUGCAUUCAUCAUGACUUUUUAAUAUCAACCAAUUUUGAUAUUUACAGUAUUUGCCAAAACUUAAAAUUUUGCAAAUACUGGGAUUUUACCAGUGUUUUUUUGAUAAACUUUGUGUGCAGAAUUUGACAUUUUAACCUUGGCACCUAAAAUUUACAUGGAAUACAUGUAAUAUUUCAGAAUUUACAUUGAAACCUAAGUUCCUUGGAAAACAAACCAUAAAACUUAAUAGGUUUUCCAUUUUAUCAACUGGAAUGCUUUAUGUUAGUUUGUUUUUUACUGCACAUUCCUCGUUUUUCAUUCAUUUAACC